AACGCUACCGGCAUUGUACACGCUGCUAUAAACAAUGUCGUCUGGUUUGUCUAAAGUCGGCGUUAUCUGGGCGCUGGCGUCAUUCCUUAGCGCCACGGCCGCGAGCGUCGGCUUCUACCUGCCGUUCUGGCUUCAAGGUUGGAUGCGAGACGAGCACGUCACGCCGGUCUACUUUGGCGUUUUCCGACGCUGCAAUUAUCCAAAAUUAAUGAAAACUGGACUUAUUAAAGUUGUGGAGGAAUGCGGGAGGUAUACAACGUUUUAUGACAUUCCCAGUAUGUCCUGGCAGAUUGCGGCAGUCCUGGUUGGCGUCGGGUGUGGCAUUGCUAUACUAGUUUCCUUCACUGCUCUGCUCGCAAUGUGCAUCAAGGACAUUUUCUCUGAGACAGCGGUACGUGUGGCAGGCGUGGUACAACUUCUUGCAGGUUUGCUGAUCGGGGCAGGCAUCGCUAUCUACCCCAAUGGCUGGGACAGCAUAGAGGUACAGCAAGCCUGUGGGCAUGCCUCAGCAUCAUACAGGAUGGGUGGAUGUCAGUUGUCGUGGGCCUUUUAUCUGACAGCAGGGGGCGCUGCUGUGACGAUGAUCUGUGCGGCGCUCUCAUGUGGUGCAAGUAAAGAGAAGACUUUUGCUUACCACGUUUAAUUGCACGGAAAAUUCAUUUACUGGCUGUUGAGGACGUGUGCAAUACAAAAUGAAGGGAGGCAACUCUGUGGAUGCUAUUGUUGGCAUCUUGGAUUGGAUUACCUCCCUUGAACAUUCAGAUAAUGCAAAAGGAUCAUAAAAUCCUGUAUUCUUUUGGUGGAAAGAACAAACAUUCAUUGACUGAAACAAAGACAACAUAUAAUUUAGUCUUUUAUAGCAUAGUUUUCAUGUCUGCAACAGAAAUGUUGAUUAUCAUGAUCACAUGACCAGCUCUACAAGAUUUAUAAUGGUUUCGUUAAGGGCAAAGAUAGCAAAAAAUGGACAUCACCAUUUGAUAGACCAAAAGAAAACUAUCUGAUAAUAAUCACACUGUUGUUUUAUAGGAAAAUGUUCAUGUAACUAAGUGCAGUGAAAUAAAUAAACAAUUUGUAAGGUGGGCUUUAUGGGCCACAUUAAUAAUGAGACAACAGUCCAGCUGUCGCAAGAUCAAAUCUUUGCGCUGUAGUAUUAUUUGCCAUCAAGGAAAACGGACGAAGGAGGCACUUAUCAGAGUGAUGUAAAUUCUGCGCUAGCAGUGCAAUGGGAUUUUUGGU